AUGUUCUCACACAACGUCACCAUCAAGGAAGAGAUAAGUCCUUCAUCGGUGCUGAGGAUAAUGGAAGCAGACUUCUCGGACCUAAGAGACAACAGCGAACCUUCCUCACAUAAUGAUGUCAGAUUCAUGAACAUCAUGAAGAAUAAUGUUCGCUUAACAGAAGAUGGACAUUACGAAACUCCACUUCCCUUCAAGGAAAAGGAACCAGAUCUGCCAAACAACAGGUGUAUGGCAGACAAGAGACUACAACAUCUCAAACGAAAGUUUGAAAGAGAUUCAAACUACCACCGUAGAUACACAGAGAAGAUGGAAGCACUCUUAGAGAAAGGGUACGCAGAGUUAGCACCAGAAAUCAAGACAGCUGAUAGUCCAGUCUGGUAUAUUCCCCACCACGGUGUUAUACAGCCCAACAAACUUCGGGUCGUAUACGACUGCAGUGCACAGUACAAGGGGGAAUCCCUUAACGAUUAUCUUCUCACUGGACCAGACCUGACAAAUGCUCUCGUAGGCGUACUCUGCAGAUUCAGGAGAGACGAGAUUGCAUUCAGUUGCGACAUAAAGGAAAUGUUUCACCAAUUCAAGGUGAGAGAAGACCACCGUGACUACUUGAGAUAUUUGUGGUGGAAAGACGGAGAUAUUCUUCGAGAACCCAUUGAGCUGCGUAUGACUGUCCAUUUGUUUGGCGCAUCUUCCUCCCCAGGCUGCUCCAAUUUUUGCUUGAAGCAGACAGCUACUGAUCACGCAGCCGAAUUUGGAAAUGAUGUGAAGGACUUCAUCCAUCGGGAUUUCUAUGUGGACGAUGGAUUGAAAUCCGUUCCUUCUACAAAAGAUGCUAUCGACCUAGUUUCGAGAACAAGACAACUGUGUAAGAAAAGUGGACUGCAUCUACACAAGUUCAUAUCUAAAAGCAGAGAAGUAAUGGAAUCUGUUUCGGAGCCUGAUAGAGCGAAGGGAGUCUCCAAGACGGAUCUUAUGGGAGUUGAUUCACCCAUGGAAAAGGCUCUGGGAGUUCUAUGGUGCGUUGAGUCCGACACACUUAAGUUCAGGCUCACUCUACAUGACAAACCCCUGACAAGAAGAGGAGUCUUAGCAACAGUUAUGUCAAUCUACGAUCCAUUGGGUCUGCUGGCGCCAGUUGUACUGCGAGGAAAACAGAUCUUGCAAGAACUAUGCAGGAAAGCAGUAGACUGGGAUGAUCAACUGCCUGAUGAACAGAGAAGCAGCUGGGAGAAAUUGAGAGCUGAUUUGCAUAAUCUGGACUCAAUCUCCAUACAAAGAUGCUACAAGCCUGCACAUUUCGGAGAAGUAAAGACAACGCAGCUUCAUCAUUUUUCUGAUGCCAGUACUACUGGUUAUGGCGAGUGCACAUAA